GAUGCCGUCUGGGCCGGCAGCCUUGCGAGUGUUAACGCGCUUAAAUGUCUUACUCAUGUCAGCCAAGGGGAACGAAAGCUCAAAGUUGGCAAAGAAGGUGUUUAGCUUGUCCGGGAGCAACACUUCUGUGUUUUCCCUUUAUAAUUGGUGAUUGUCCGGAGUCCCUGCCAUAUACGUCAUGUGCCUGAGCCAUUGAAUUGCGACUCCACUUUGUCUCUGUACUGACAUUCUGAUUGCCUUAUGAAGGGCAUAUCUGGACUGUUUGUACUCAACCAUAUUCCCAGCCACCUUGCUGUUGUUAAAUGUGGUGGUUUGCACUUUCAGUUUUGCUCAAGUGAUGCUAUCUAGCCACGGUUUUUGGUUUGGGUAGGUUUUAGUAGUCACAGUGAUGAACUCCGUCACCAUGUCUGUGUAUACGUUAAUGUUAUUCUCAGAGGCAACCCGGAACAUAUCACAGUCCCCAUGAUCAAAACAAUAUUGUAGCAUGGAUUCCGAUUGGUCAGACCAGCGUUUAACAGUCCUUACCACGGGUACUUCCCGUUUGAGUUUCAGCCUAUGGGAAGGGAGGAGCAGCAUGAAGGCAUGGUCUGAUAAACAUACACCCACCCACACGAUCUCUCUGGCCUGCCUGACCCCUCCAGUCGUGGAAGGGUUGGCCAUGACAGUGCUGUAAUCCCUCCCAGCUGAGGUUCAUCCUCGAUGGGCUACAUCUCCAGCUACGCCUGGGAGGAUGGAACUGUGUGUGUGCGUGUGUGUGUGUGGGCAAGUGUUAAUGUGUGUGUUUGUUCAUGGUCUGUGUUCACGCGUGGUUGUCUGUGUCUUUAUAUAGGAGUAUGAGUAUGCUCUGCAUGUGUUUUCACGAUGACGUGUGUUUAGGCUUUUAUGUGGUCAUGUAUGUAUAUAUGUGUGUGUGCUUGAGCGUGCUUGUGUGUAGAUGCAUUUGUGUGUCUUUGGCUGGGUUUGGCUGUGUGUGUGUAUGUUUGUGUGUGUGUGUAAGCUGUAGGUGUGUAUUUAUCUGUGAGCGAGCCUGUGUGGGUGCGUGUGUGUGUCCGUUCAAGCAGUGGAGCGUGUUUGCCCUGGGGCUAAUUAAUAAUUCAUGAGGUGGGCAUGGAGAAGGCAAGGGGGCGGAGGCAGAUGGAGGAGCUGUGUGUGUGUGUGUGUGUGUGUGUGGAACGAGUCAGAGCCUAGGAGGACAGAGAGAGAGAGUGAAGCAGUAUUUCACCUGGUCAGGAAACCGUCUCCAAAAGAGGUCAGAGCCGUAUCAGGAGCCAACCAGGAGUUGUGACAGGAGAGGAGAGCCAAUCAGAGGAGAGAGAUGUUGGUGCAGGUCGGGCCUUGGGUCCUGUCUGUCAUGUCAUUGCUCCUGCUGCUGUGGCAAGAAAUGUCUGCUAUCGAGGUUCCUCUUGAUCAAAAGAUCCAGCAGGAUUUGAAGCAGCCUCCCACCAUAAUGAAACAGUCAUUGAAGGACUACAUUGUUGAUCCCAGAGAUAACAUCAUCAUUGAAUGUGAGGCCAAGGGGAACCCCGUGCCAACGUUCUCAUGGCGACGGAACGGGAAGUUCUUCAACGUGUGGAAGGAUCCACGGGUGACGAUGCGGGAGCGCUCGGGAACGCUGGAGAUUAGCUUCCGGAGCGGAGGGAGGCCAGAGGACUAUGAGGGGGAAUACCAGUGUUUCGCCUCUAAUGACUUUGGAACGGCGCUGACCAACAAGAUCCUACUACGAGUGUCCAAGUCCCCUCUGUGGCCCAAGGAGGUGUUGGAGCCAGUAGUAGUGGGUGAGGGUUCUUCCCUGGUCUUGGCCUGUAACCCUCCUCCAGGCCUGCCCCCUCCACACACCUUCUGGAUGAACAGCGCCAUGAUGCCUAUAACCCAAGAUAGGCGUGUGUCCAUGGGUCUGAAUGGAGAUCUGUAUUUCUCUAAUGUUCUGGCUAAAGACUCGCACACAGACUACAGCUGCAACGCCCGCUUCCUCUUCACACACACCAUCCAGCAGAAGAACCCCUUCACACUCCAAGUGCAGACCAGUCGUAAGGUAGCAGAGACUCCCCCUAACUUCCUCUCCCCCACGGGGACUGACAGCUCAAGGAUGAUGGUGCUGAGAGGACAAAAACUACAGCUGGAGUGUAUCGCUGCCGGAUUUCCCACCCCCGGUAUAAAGUGGUUUAAGAAGGGAGGAGAUCUGAACCAGAAGGUGAAGCUAGACAACUUCAAUAAGACUCUGCGUAUUGACAGCGUGUCAGAGGAGGACGCAGGGGAGUACAUGUGUAUGGCCAACAAUCGGAUAGGAAGCAUCCGACACUCCAUCUUCGUCCAGGUUAAAGCGGCUCCCUAUUGGCUGGACAAGCCGUUCAACCUGGUGUUAGCACCGGAUGAGAGCAGUCGUCUGGUGUGUCGGGCCAAUGGGAACCCCAAACCACUCAUCCAGUGGCUGGUCAACGGAGAGUCUAUGGAGAGAACUAGCUCCCUGCCCAACCCCAGAAGAUCGGUGGUAGGUGACACCAUCAUCUUUCACUCUGUUCAGAUCGGCAGCAGCGCUGUGUACCAAUGUAACGCCUCCAAUCACCAUGGUUACCUGCUGGCCAACGCUUUCGUCAGCAUAUUGGACAUGGCUCCCAGGAUGCUUGGUGCUAAGAACCAGCUAAUAAAGGUGAUAGAGAACAACAGAACCUUCCUGGACUGUCCCUUCUUUGGCUCGCCACUUCCUGAGCUACGUUGGUUUAAGAAUGGUCAGGGCAGUGGUCUGGACGGUGGUCAAUACCGGGUCUACAUCAAUGGGAGCCUAGAGAUCAAGCGUGCGCGGGUUGAGGACCAGGGUACAUACACCUGUGUGGCCAGAAACAUCCUGGGCAAGGAGGAGAACCAGGUCCGACUGGAGGUCAAAGAGCCGACCCGUAUCGUCAGGGCUCCAGAGCACCAGUCAGCAUUUAGAGGCACCAUGGCUCGUUUUGACUGCCGGGUCAAAUCGGACCUCACCCUGCCCAUCACUGUUACCUGGCUGAAGGAUGACAAGCCUCUCUCUCUGGGAUGGAGGUUAAAGAAGGAUGAGGAUUCCCUGUCCAUCCCUAAUGUCCACGAGCAGGAUGAGGGAACAUACACCUGUACUGUUAAAUCAGAGAUCGACCAAGAUACUGCCUCAGCACGCCUUACUGUGUUAGCUCCUGAUGCUUUCCCUAGUGGCCUGAAAGGCUGGGGCACCAAGAACACAAACAUGGAGAUCAGCUGGGAGCCCUUGUUGGACACAGAGCAAAACGGCCCUAACCUGCACUACUCGGUGUGGUGGAGGCGGAAGGAUACGGGGGAGGAAUGGAACAACGUGACUACGGUGGGGGCGAAGCACAUUGUCCACGACACAGAGACCUACGUUCCCUAUGAGAUCAAACUGCAGGCCAGGAAUGACUUUGGAGCAGGGCCUGAGUCCAACAUCAUCAUAGGAUAUUCUGGGGAGGACAAGCCUACAGCCCCUCCUACAGACCUGCAUGUGUCAAAGAUUGACAGCACCACGGUCAACGUCCACUGGACCCCGGUAGACCCCAAAACUGUCCGGGGAGAGUUCAAGGAGUACAGGCUGUACUACUGGCGUGAGGACAGCAUGGUGAAGGGUCUGCAUGUGAAUAAAGAGAAGAAGACUAAAGGGUUCUACAGUACCGUGGCCCAGCCUACUGGCAUAUUGACAGACCUACAGCCAUACAGCCACUACCGCAUGUUUAUGGUGGUCGCCAACAGUCGUUACGAUGGGCCGCCUAGCAACCAUGUGGAUUUCCAUACCAAGGAAGGAGUGCCAGAUCUUCCUCAGUUCUUUAAGAUCGGCCAGAGGAGUCCAGAGUCUAUCCACCUCGAGUGGGACAAACCCCUGGAGCCUAACGGCAUUCUGAUUGGAUACACACUCAACUAUCAAGCAGUGAAUGGGUCGCGUGUGGGCCACAUGCAGAUGGAGAGUUUCCUACCUAACGUGACAGCCUACAGACUCCGCUUGCCAGACCAAGCUAUCCGCUACAGGUUCUACCUGGCGGCCCACACACAGGUGGGAGCAGGGAAGGUCUACGCUGGGGAGUCUCCACAUUUCACCAAUGAAGGCAUGGCUCCUGGGAGGGUGAUCUGGAACCUGACGGUGAAGCCUAACAGUAACUACGCUAACGUCAGCUGGAACCACAACUUCCCGAUCGGCAGCAGCGAGUUCCAGCUAGAGUUCACACUGGACGGCAAUGGCAGUGUGUCAAGCGUACCAGUGAACCAGCCGCCCAUUAAACUGGCGGGGCUGAUCGAAGGGGCCAAGUACCGCCUGAGGGUGUACUCCAACGAAUACCACAGCAUCUCCAGCAAUGUUGUCACCUUUGAGACCAGCGCAGCCUACAUUAAAGACCAGGUGGACAUUGCUACCCAGGGCUGGUUUAUCGGGCUGAUGUGUGCCAUCGCUCUCAUCAUCCUCAUCCUCCUCAUCGUCUGCUUCAUCAAGAGGAGUCGCGGAGGCAAAUAUCCAGUACAAGAUAAAAAAGAUCUCCCUCUGGAGGGAAUGGAUCAGAAGGGAGAGGAUGGAUCAUUUGACUACAACAGCGACGAGGACAACAAGCCUCUGCAGGGCAGCCAGAACUCUCUGGAUGGCGGUGUGAAGGAGAGUGACGACAGCCUGGUGGACUAUGGCGAGGGAGGGGAUGGCCAGUUCAACGAGGACGGUUCCUUCAUCGGCCAGUACACUGUCAAAAAGGACAAGGACGAGACGGAAGGCAACGAGAGUUCUGAGGCCACCUCACCCGUCAACGCCAUCUACUCGCUGGCAUAGUCCCCCUGCCCGGCCUGGCCUGGGGAUCUGAGGAACUCCCCCUGGCGGUCGGUGGGUGAUAUUACCACCACUACUACUACUACCACACACACACACACACAUACGCAAACACACACACAUAUGAAUAUAAGUGUAUUAAUAUAUAAAAACACAUAUACACAUGUAAACACACACAGCACCUGCCUGGAGACUGUUUGACCUCUUAAAGCGGAGGGAGAAACCAUUCCUCUGAGAAUUAAGGGGGUGUGAAUGGAAUGGAGUUGAAGUUACUGUGAGCCAAGCCCUGACGUUCGGCUAUUGACGUUCCAUAGAAAUGGCUUGCCAAGGUGAAGUUUGGUAAUCUUCAACAGUACCAGUCUCUCUAUGCUCCUUCUUCUGCCCCUCAUACAGACUGAGUGUGCCUAACGGGCUUCAGUUGUAGAGGACUAGGAGGAAACGCUGAGGUUUUCAACCAUUUUGUGUGGCUCUAGAGCUUUCUUUGUUUUCAACGUACUCAGCUUUCCCCCAAACCCCUCUCUUUCUCCCCACACACAUCCUCACGCCCCCCUGUGUCUUUCCCGAGCGUCCCUAGGGAAGGAGACACAGACACUCGUCCUGUGAGCAUAUCAGCUACGGACCACCAACAUAGUAGGAUGUUGGCAGAUAUGUUUAUCACAUUGAUAUUUCCACAGAGAGAGAUGGUUUUUUGUUCUCAAUUGAUACAGCAGAUGAGUCAUUUGAAUAUAUGAGUGCUGUAAACAGUGCUAGUGCUGUAAACAGUGCCAGCUCACCUUCUAGUUCACUGAAAAACUAUGCAUUACCAACACAUCAUGUUUUUGGGUAAAGUCUGGUUAUGAAUUAAAUUGUUUAUUUUUCAGUGUUGACUCACAGGUUUAAAGAAGAAUAACCUGCUUAAUGAAAUUCUAAUGUUCCCUUGCCUUCCCGCUGUACCUAUGAUUCACCUCCAAACUCAAGUUGUGUUGAGAUAUUAAAAACGGCCACAGUUAUAGCAAUGCUA